AGCAAGAAGAAGAAGAAGAAGAAGGAGGAGGCGGUGGUCAAUCAAUCCGUAAGAAAUUAAGAAGUGAGAGAGGAAAAAAAAAGGAAUGUCAAAAUUACUACUACUACUCCACUCUUCUCCUCCUCUUCCUCCUCCUCCUUUUCACUUCACUACAGCUCCAAUCCUCCACCACCGUGCCACCACACUCCUCCGCGCUUCAAUUCUCUCCAAAAAACCUCCUAAUCUCUCCUCCUCUCUCGCUCUCUACCGAAAAGCCACUCUAUCCUCCUCUUUCCUCUCCCCUUCCUCUUCAUUUCGCUGCAGAACCUUCUCUGUCCGCGCUUUUGAUUCUGAUGAUUCCAAAACCGAACAAGAAGAAGAGAAGAAGGAAUCUUUUCAUGUUAAGAAAAGCGAUGAGGAUUAUCCAAGUGGAGAGUUCGAUUUCCAGGAGAUUGGAGCUUGGAAUCGUUUUCUUGUUAAGCUUAAAAUGCUUAUUGCUUUCCCUUGGGAACGCGUUCGCAAAGGAAGCGUUUUGACAAUGAAAUUACGGGGCCAGAUAUCUGAUCAGCUAAAGAGCCGUUUCUCUUCAGGAUUGUCAUUGCCUCAAAUUUGUGAGAAUUUUAUAAAAGCAGCUUAUGAUCCUCGGAUUUCGGGUAUUUAUCUUCAUAUAGAUGGGUUGAAUUGUGGGUGGGCUAAAGUUGAGGAACUCCGAAGACACAUUUUCAAUUUCAAGAAAUCAGGGAAAUUCGUUGUUGCCUACCUCCCUGCUUGUAGGGAGAAAGAGUAUUAUCUUGCCUCUGCCUGUGACGACCUUUAUCUCCCACCCACUGCUUAUUUUUCUUUUUAUGGUUUCACUGUUCAAGCAGCUUUUCUUGCAGGUGUUUUUGAGAACGUAGGAAUUCAACCAGAUGUACAACGGAUUGGUAAAUAUAAAAGUGCCGGGGAUCAACUUACUCGAAAAAGUAUGUCUAAAGAAAAUUGUGAGAUGCUGACUGCAAUUCUUGAUAACAUCUAUGGGAAUUGGCUGGAUAAAGUUUCUUCGACAAAAGGAAAGAAAAUAGAAGACAUGAAGAACUUCAUUAAUGAAGGUGUCUAUAAGGUAGAAAGGCUGAAAGAAGAGGGCUUGAUAACAAACAUGCACUAUGAUGACGAGGUUAUCUCAAUGUUGAAAGAGAAAGUUGGAGUGCAAAAGGAUAAAGUUCUUCCUAUGGUUGAUUACAGCAAAUACUCGCGGGUUAGGAACUGGACUCUUGGUUUAACAGGAGGCAGAGACCUAAUAGCCAUUAUCAGAGCCUCUGGGAGCAUCAGUCGUGUGAAGAGUCCAUUAAGCUUAUCUGGUUCUGGUAUCAUCGGGGAACAGCUCAUUGAGAAGAUUCGUCAGGCAAGAGAGUCGAAAAAAUAUAAAGCUGCUAUCAUCCGAAUUGACAGCCCUGGAGGUGAUGCCCUCGCAUCUGAUUUAAUGUGGAGGGAAAUCAGACUUCUGGCUGAAUCAAAACCUGUGAUUGCAUCAAUGUCUGAUGUAGCAGCAAGUGGAGGAUAUUAUAUGGCAAUGGCCGCAGAUACCAUUGUUGCAGAAAAUUUGACCUUAACUGGGUCAAUUGGAGUUGUUACAGGGAAGUUUAGUCUCGGUAAACUGUAUGAGAAAAUUGGCUUCAACAAGGAGAUCAUAUCAAGGGGUAAAUAUGCUGAGCUCCUUGCAGCAGAUCAGCGACCUUUAAGACCAGAUGAAGCAGAACUUUUUGCCAAGUCUGCUCAGAAUGCUUAUGAGCAAUUUCGAGAUAAGGCAGCAUUUUCAAGAUCAAUGCCAGUGGAUAAGAUGGAAGAGGUUGCACAAGGCAGAGUCUGGACAGGUCAAGAUGCAGCUUCGCGAGGUUUAGUGGAUGCAAUUGGUGGGUUUUCUCGUGCAGUUGCUAUAGCAAAACAGAAGGCUAAUAUACCCCAGGACAGACAGGUAAUGCUGGUUGAACUAUCAAGACCAUCUCCUACGCUACCAGAGAUCCUAAGUGGCAUAGGAAGUUCGGUGGUUGGUGCAGAAAGAACCUUAAAAGAAUUGCUACAAGACUUGGCAUUUUCCAAUGGAGUUCAAGCCCGGAUGGAUGGUAUUCUAUUCCAGGGACUGGAGGAGGCUUCUUAUGACAAUCCCAUCUUAACUUUGAUAAAAGAUUACCUUGGUUCUCUCUGACCCUACAUCUCUACCUUCAUCUUGAUUUCCCCCCACUCCCUGAAUUUACCUUACAGUUGAUCAUUACCAUGUUUCUAUAAAUGGUCUGGUGAUUGAAGGAUAGCUGGUCCUUUUAUAAAAUAUUGGUUUACAGAUUCUUGUAAAAUUGGGAUCAUCCAACUCGUCUCUGUUUUGGUGGUUCGGAUCAGCAGAUGUCUUGAGAGAAACAAAUGAUUUCCAAAGAUACAAGGGACCUAUCUCGGCAGGAUUAGCAGUGAAGAGGUCCGCUGUAUCUUUUGCUUUUUCUCCUCAGGGUCAAAUGUAAAGAACUUAUUUACAUGUUCAGGUUAUAGAAGAAUCAAAGAUCAGAGCUUCCAACA